GGCCUGGAUUGCUCCAGCUGGAUCAGGGCUGGGAUCAGGGCUGGGAUCAGAGCUGGGAUCAGCGCUGCAGCCCCACGGACCCUCUGGAAGAGAGGAGCUCCCUGGAACUCCGGUUGCCAUUUAAAAGCCACCCCCAGCAGGGGGAAUGAAGCAGUGCAGCUGGGAGCAGAGCAUGGCCAACACCUUUGUCACCGUCCCGGACGGGUACUGCCUGCCCGAGCCCAUCCAGUACUAUGACGUUCUACCGGAGCACAUCAACUACCAGCUGCCAGACCCGGAUUUCCAGAGCGCCCCUUACUGCCAGUACUCAGCAGUGCCAGUUCCUGCCCCGGCACUGCAGUGCCAGCCCCCUCUGUCCCCGUAUGGCACAUACGGCCUGGACCCUCCCUACAGCGACGGGCCCUGCGUGGGCAGCAGCUGCGAGCUGAGCAAAGCCCCGUUCGCGGCUCCCCCCGUGGAUGACGGGGGGUACCAGGGGUUAAAGAGGCCGAGGCUGCCCCAGCCGGGGAGGCUGAGGGGGCAGGAGGAGCUGUGUGUCGUGUGUGGGGACAAGGCCUCCGGGUACCACUACAACGCCCUGACCUGCGAGGGCUGCAAAGGGUUCUUCCGCCGCAGCAUAACCAAGAACGCGGUGUACCGGUGCAAGAACGGGGGGCACUGUGAGAUGGACAUGUACAUGAGGAGGAAGUGCCAGGAGUGUCGCCUGAAGAAGUGCAAAGCUGUGGGGAUGCUGGCAGAAUGUUUGCUGACUGAAGUCCAGUGCAAGUCAAAGCGACUCAGGAAGAAUUUCAAGCAGAAGAGCAGUUUCCUUUGCAACAUAAAGCUGGAAGAUGAGGGACUGAAUAGUAAGCAUGUAUCAUCUACAACAAGAUCUGGAAAAAUCCCAGAGAAGAUGGAACUUACUCCAGGGGAACACCAGCUUCUCGACCACAUUGUAGCAGCACACCAAAAAUACACAAUUCCCCUCGAGGAAGCCAAGAAGUUUCUGCAAGAAAGUGCAAGUGCUGAGGAGAGUUUUCUGCGGCUCUCUGAGACAGCCGUUGUCCACGUCCAAGUGCUGGUGGAUUUCACAAAGAGACUUCCAGGAUUUGAAAGUUUAGCCAGUGAGGACCAGAUUGCACUGCUGAAAGGGUCAACAGUUGAGGCAAUGUUCCUGCUGUCAGCCCAAAUAUACAACCAGAGAAUGAGCCAGUGCCAACCAUCAACAAGUGAGAGUCAUGCAAGACUUUCUGAUCAUGGGACGUGUUGUCACGUUCAAAGCCUUGAUAAAAACAACAUUUAUUCCAUGGAAAUGUCUCACAACGAAGAGAGUCCAACUUCCACUACUACCACAGGCUUAACGGAGGAGUUCAUCACCGCCCUGUUCUACUUCUACAGAAGCAUGGGGGAACUCAAAGUCACCGAGACCGAGUACGCCCUGCUCGUAGCAACCACCGUGUUCUUUUCAGACCGCCCGCUCCUGAGGGACAAGCGCCAUGUGGAGGAGCUGCAGGAGCCGCUGCUGUGGAUCCUGUACAAGCACUCGAAGCUGCAGCACCCGGGGGACCCGCAGCGCUUCGCGCGGCUCCUGGGGCGCCUCACGGAGCUGCGCUCGCUCCGCCACGCCCACGCGGGGGCGCUGCGCGCGCGGGACCCGCGCCUGGCCGCGCCCCUGCGCGACCUCUGGGACCUCCACUAGGCGGCGCCAACACCCGCCGGGGGGGCUGCGCUGCCCUGGGGGGAUCCGCGCGCGCCGCUGCCCCCCCUUCCUGCCCGCCCUGAGGGGCCCGCGGCGCCCGCGGCGCUCCCGGUGCCGGACUCCGGGUCCGUGGGGGUACAAAACCCGUUUAAAUUGCCCUGAGCGCCGAGCAGGUGCCCGCGGUCAAGCCCCAGGCGAGCGCUCGGCUCCCCCCGGGGAUGUGUCAGGUGAAUGGCGCGGCCGCCCGGCUCGGGCGGGGCUGCUCUGGAGGAGGGGGGGGCGAGGGGGCCUUUCCAGUGGGACACGGGGACAGAGCCCCGAACCAACCGCACACGGUGUCCUAUCCCUGGGAGUGUCCAAGGACAGGCUGGACGGGGCUCGGAGCAACCUGGGAUGGUGGAAGGUGUCCCUGCCCAUGGCAGGAACUGGAUGAUCUUCAAGGUCCCUUCCAACCCAACCCAUUCUGGGAUUCUCCGUUGGCGUGAAAGCCCCUGCUCUGAGCUCAUUUCACUGCACUCUGCUAAGAUUGGUGCUGGGGGGAACACCUUCCCUUUUAAUUUCAAAGGCUUCUGCUGUUAUUCUCCGUCAAAACUGAAGGGAAUCGUCUUCCUGAGCAUCUGCUUUGUGUUGUGACUGUACAUCACCAGUGGCAGAUCCACGCUGGAUGUAAUUCAGCACAGUGAGCAGUGUCCCACUCUUGGCUGCCCACACUGGCGUCGAUGUCCUGCUCUCUCAACAGAUCAAACGUGCUGUGAAAAUAUUCUGUCAUCACACCGAGUUAUGGGAAUUCAACAAGUUGUUUUUUAACUUCGAGGCUCCUUGUGAAACAUGUUUGGAUUCAUAUGUGAUGUUCUGGCAGGAGAUGAGUUAUGCUAUUUACAAGAUGAACUGUCGUGACUUAAAAACCUUGUGAAAUGACAUUUUCAUGCUAAAAUGUAAUCGGAUGUAGUUUAGAACUACCCAUGGGAGUAAAGAAAAAAUCAACAACUGGACUUUAAAGAAGUAAUUUUGCUUUCUGAGUCCUUUACCAUGCACCUGUGCACAAACAGACAACAGCUGAUGAGUUCUUGGCAUCAAAAGCUUCCACUUUGGUCACUAUAAAGGAAACCACAAAAACUCAAGAGUUUGAUAACCCACUGUGAAGUAAGAAGCAAAUAAGAGAGUUCCAAAACCAUUGCCAGUACCUUGGGCUUUAAAAAUUUUAAGCAGUUGAUUUAUUAAUAAAAAAUGCUAUUUUCACAUUA